AUGGAUUGUAUAAGUGGAGAUGAUAUAUAUGCUUGGGGUAAAAGCCAAGGGGUGGAUAUUGGAUGUAGCGUAGGUAUUGGAGGAAAUUUAGUAGGCAUCACUGAUCAGGACAUAAUUAGGGAAAUGAAGAAAUGGUAUGGGAUUAAACACCCAUCCUUAAGUGAUAAAUGGAAAGGUAAUUUGGGAUAUGUAUGUGCAGUAUUGAUAACCAAUAGUAAUGAAUUUGAUCCAUCUUUAAUUCCUGCUAACAUUAUGGUAGAGAGUGUUCCAGGUCGAAGAUUGCAGGUUAAAUGGCCUAUAAAUCCCCAGGAUACUAGUGAAGAAGUCCCUGUAGAAUGUGAUAGUCAGAUAGAUGGAGGAGGGGAUGUAGGGGGUAGUUAUCCCAUUGUAGGUGAAUCAGCUAUAGACCCAUCUAAAAGUGGAGAUGGCACAGAACCCCAUGUAGAUGCUGCUAUGGACAAAGUAGUCAGUCAUUUUGAACGAUGGCAUUACGAGGGAGGAUAUAGAAGGUUAAGAGUGUUCUCUGGAAUUAUACCUGUACCGACUGGGGAAGAAAGUUUCGAUGCAUGCAGAGAAGCUGCCAUUCAGCAUUCAGAAGAAUGGAGCUGUCCAGAACACAUAAAGAAACAGAGAAUAGUGGAGAGUUUGAGGGGUCCAGCCAUGGGCAUUAUUCAUCCUACCAAAAGAAGUAAUCCAAAUGCCACCUUAAAAGAUUCUGUGGAUGCUUUGGAUUACUCAUUUGAAACAUUAGAGGAUAUAGGGGACAUACUGCCAAGACUAAAUCAUACUUUCCAGGGACAAAAUGAAUCUUAUUACAUAUAUCUAUAG